GACCGGAAGCAGAGUCCGUACUCUUUCCGGUUGGAUCCUCGUGACAUUGACAGAGGGUAGAAGUACAGGAAGUGAGUUGUGUUUUAAUGGCGGGUCACUUUCUCCUGUUUUAAUGAACACAUGUCCGUUCAGUGCCGAGUGAGUCACUCAGCUGUGUGACCAGCAACAUUAGCUUAGCAUCUCCGGAGUGUAGCAGGUGAACAGGAUCAGACCACCAUGGGGUUCCUUCUUUCUAAAUCCAUGGAUGCAAACUUUAAGAAGCAGCAGGAAUUCAUGCUCCACAAUGGACGGCUGCAGAUGGAGCGUCAGAUCCUGAUGCAGAACCAGAUGAGGGAGAGACAGAUGGCGAUGCAGAUCGCUUGGUCCAGAGAGUUCCUUAAAUACUUUGGUACUUUCUUCACAGUGGCCACAGUGGGACUCACUGUAGGUGCCGUUAAAAGAAAGAGGCCGGGGCUGUUGGCCCCCAUCGUUCCUCUCAGCUUCAUAAUGGUGUACCAGAUGGACAGCGCCUAUGGGACGUUAAUUUAUCGUAUGAGAGGGGAGGCGGAGAGCAUCAUGGCGUCUGAACACGACCGUCUGGACUUGCCUCAUGGAACUCCGACUUUCGAAAGCAUAGAGAAGGCCCGUCGCGCUAAAAGCAGCCUCACGUCCCUCUUGGAGAAAUGAUGUGUUGGUUGUUUGAGAGAAAAUCAGAAUCGUCCUGUCCGAGCAUUCACCCGAGCUGCUUUUGCAUAGGUAUGAAAAAACUAUUCAAUAGUAGCUGCCUUUUUUUUUAAGUCAUCAAGUCCAUGUUUUUACACUAAAACUUCGUCAACGUUCUCACGUCAAAUGAUUAUUAUAUUCUAACAAUGAAUAUAAAAGUGUGAUCAUUUAUUUAUUUUCGGCUUCGGUUUCUUCAAACAUCUAUUUUCAUGUUACUCAGAGUACAUGAAGUGUUUUCCUUCUAAAGCUGCAUGAAGUCAUUUCUGACCACUAGAGGGCAGAAAGUCUCCAAGAUUCAAACUCGGUCAAGAAACUGUUCCACUCAGUUGUGAAAAUGUUAAUAUAAAAAAAUUAUUUAAUGUCGCAGGACAGAUUUUUAUUACUUCAAAUGAUAUUGAAAAAAUUUUCAUAAUGAGACAAGUCAAGAUUGAGUGCUAAAGACUUUAUAUGAAAGCUUUAUUUAACCCUGGUGCUCCUGUGUCCUCAUUAAAUGGAUGUAAAGUAUAACAAGGUGCUGAUAUUCAUGCAUUAUGUUGUAAAAAUAGAAAAAAUAUUUCUAAAAACAAAUGAAUAAAAAAAAAUUGCAAAGAA